UCCCGAGGGCAGGCUGCAGCUUCCAAGCUUGUGCCUGCACCCGGGGCACGGAGUGAUUCCUAUUGGGGCUCGGAGAACUUAGAUCCCAGCAAACCUUGCCCGCCUUAGCUAGAAAUCAUAGCUCACGCCCAUCCAGCGCACUCCAGCCUAGAGCCCCAGACCGGAGCCAAGAGGCUGUGACACGCGCCCCCCUGCCCGCAGAAGGUGAAGUUGGUGCCACGUGCUGGGUGAUCCAGAAGGGCGGCCGGCCCUUGGCACAGUGGGCACUAAUACCAGGAACUGUAAGAAAUUGCCCACAGUCGGAGGAAACAUAAAGCUGAGACUAUGGGAAUCCUGGCUGAGACUCCUACUCUUACUUGCUGUGUGCCCUUGAGUCGUGAGCAUGCUGCGCUUCCUGGUACCUGUGCCCCGACUGCUCUGCCUCUAUGGCAGGACUGCCCCAUACUCUUCAGCAGCCGCCCUCCCCAGCCCCAUCCUGAAUCCAGACAUCCGCUACAACCAGCUGUUCAUCAACAAUGAGUGGCAAGAUGCAGCCAGCAAGAAGACCUUCCCAACAGUGAACCCCACCACGGGAGAGGUCAUUGGCCACGUGGCUGAAGGGGACCGGGCUGAUGUGGAUCGGGCUGUGAAAGCAGCCCGUGAGGCCUUCCGCCUGGGGUCUCCGUGGCGCCGGAUGGAUGCUUCAGAGCGGGGCCGGCUGCUGAACCGCCUGGCUGACCUUGUGGAGCGGGAUCGUGUCUACCUGGCCUCACUGGAGACCUUGGACAACGGGAAGCCUUUCCAGGAGUCUUAUGUCUUGGACCUGGAUGAAGUCAUCAAAGUAUACCGGUACUUUGCUGGCUGGGCCGACAAGUGGCACGGCAAGACCAUCCCUAUGGAUGGCGAGCAUUUCUGCUUCACCCGGCACGAGCCUGUUGGUGUCUGUGGCCAGAUAAUCCCAUGGAACUUCCCCUUGGUCAUGCAGGGCUGGAAGCUCGCCCCAGCACUUGCCACAGGCAACACUGUGGUCAUGAAGGUGGCAGAGCAGACCCCCCUUUCUGCCCUGUACUUGGCCUCCCUCAUUAAAGAGGCGGGCUUUCCCCCUGGGGUGGUGAACAUCAUCACUGGCUACGGCCCGAUGGCAGGAGCAGCCAUCGCCCAGCACAUGGAUAUUGACAAAGUUGCCUUCACCGGCUCCACUGAGGUGGGCCACCUGAUCCAGAAGGCGGCUGGCGAUUCCAACCUGAAGAGAGUCACCCUGGAGCUGGGCGGGAAGAGCCCCAGCAUCGUGUUGGCCGACGCUGACCUGGGCCAUGCUGUGGAGCAGUGCCACGAAGCCCUAUUCUUCAACAUGGGCCAGUGCUGCUGUGCAGGCUCCCGGACCUUCGUCGAAGAAUCCAUCUACGAUGAGUUUCUCGAGAGAACCGUGGAGAAGGCUAAGCAGAGAAGAGUCGGGAACCCCUUUGAGCUGGACACUCAGCAGGGGCCCCAGGUGGACAAGGAGCAAUUCGAACGAAUCCUGAGCUAUAUCCGGCUUGGCCAGAAGGAGGGGGCAAAACUUCUCUGCGGUGGGGAGCGUUUGGGGGAGCGUGGUUUCUUCAUCAAGCCCACGGUCUUUGGUGGUGUGCAGGAUGACAUGAGGAUCGCCAGAGAGGAGAUCUUUGGGCCUGUGCAGCCCCUGUUUAAAUUCAAGAAGAUGGAGGAGGUGAUCGAGAGGGCCAACAAUACCAGAUAUGGCUUGGCUGCCGCCGUGUUCACUCGGGACCUGGACAAGGCCAUGUACUUCACACAGGCACUCCAGGCUGGCACAGUGUGGGUAAACACCUACAACAUUGUCACCUGCCACACGCCAUUUGGAGGGUUUAAGGAAUCUGGCAAUGGGAGGGAGCUGGGGGAGGAUGGGCUAAAGGCCUACACCGAGGUGAAGACAGUUACCAUCAAGAUUCCUCAGAAGAACUCAUAAGAAUGGCCAACACAGAGACCUUCCUCCAGUCCAGGAAUUCCAUAAUCACCUAGACCAGCGGUUGCCAAAUCAUUUUUUAGCCCCAGCCCCCACUUUAUUUGUCCCAAAUGAACUCUUUGAGGGAAGCUCACCAAAUAAAGCAAUUGAAAUGAGA